AUGAACAACAAAGUACCUUUGCAAGAUGCUGCCAAUGAACGAAAAUUACGUUUGGAGUCCCUGUUAGAGUCUCAGAAGGAGAAGGAGCUUCGGAAAAGAAAUAUGAUAACUAGACUAAAAAGUGAGUGCAAUGAAAUUCAAGAACAGGUCGCUUGCGUGAAAAAAAGGGCACAGAAUUUGGUUGACAAUUUAACGAGAGUCAUUGAAGCGAAGAAACAGGAACUUUUUAAAGAAGUGGAAGUCAAAGCUCAACAGUCCAUCGAGCGUCUUGUAGAGCAACAGUCGGACGUAGAAAAAGAAUUAUGGCGGAUCGAGACAUCAAUUAAAGAAACAGAAAGAUUUUUAAUGCGAAGCACAAAUGCUGAGAUUGUGCACUUUAACACAGUAUUCCAGGAGGAUGUCACUGGCGAGGCAGAACUAGUCGACCGCGACCGUAAGGAUCUUGGCCACUUUGUGUUCUUUGCAAACAAAUCAUUGAUGGCUAAAGCAAACAGUGAAGGUGUUGGUUCUUUGAAACAAAUCAUCAGCCAGACUAAAUCCAGCAACUCAAAAGCUGAAGGAAAAGGAAUCACUGAGGUGACUGUUGGACUUGAAGCACAGUUUGUUUUAACAACACGAAAUGCUAAGAAUGAACAAUGCUGCGAACAAUGUGACAUCGUUACAGUGGAAAUCAGAAAUAAUGACGGCCCUGAAUGCGCCACUGAAGCACAAGUCCAAGAUAACAAAGAUGGCAGCUGCAAUAUCAGGUACUUUGCCAAAGAAGCAGGAAGAUUCCACACAUCAGUGAUGGUAAAUGGAGAACAUGUUAGUAACAGUCCAUUCACUGUUCAAGUUAAACCCAGGCAGUACAAAACUGUGUUGUCAUUUGGAGGAAAAGGGUCAUCCGCUGGAAUGUUUGAUGGCCCUUGGGGUGUGGCGGUGAAUGAACGUAAUGAAGUUGCAGUAACUGAUAUGACAAAUUGUCGGGUUCAGAUAUUUAGUAGUGAUGGAACUUACUUAAGGUCUUUUGGCAGUGAGGGUGAUCAAGAGGGAGAGUUUGAUUACCCUACUGGUAUAGCUUAUUUAAAUAAUGGAAAAAUUGUAGUAGCUGACAGUAUUAACAACCGACGGCAAAUAUUCACUGAGCGGGGGCAGUACCUUACUCAGAUUGGUGGUGAAGGAAAUCUUGAUCAUCAGUUUAAUUAUCCAUGGGGUUUAUCGGUAGACAGGGAUGGUAAUAUUAUUGUUACUGAUGCAGAUAACAAAUUAAUCAAGAUCUUCAAUCCAAGCGGCCAGUUUCUAAGGAAGUUUGGUGAAGAUUAUUAG